ACAGGAAUUAUUCGUGGCUCUUAUUCGAUCUCAUUAACUCCUGGUUUCUCUUGCUCCAUUUUUUUCUUCUUCUUCGUUCUUCCAUUUUUUUUUCUUCAAUUGAUCGUGUGUCGUCUUUCUCUCUCCUAUUGGAACCGCCAUUUUUACUCCUCGUUAGGUCACUAUAUAUAUACUUUUUUCUUGUUAGUUUUUACUAGAUUUGUAAAUUUAUCAUCAAAUUUGUUCCAGAAAUUCAUAUUUCUUUUAUCCUUGAAUCCAUGGGGUGAACUUAGUAGUUGAACUUUAGAGUAUAUUUUUGAGAUUAUUUUUGUACUUAUGGAGUCUUCAAAAGGUGUGCACGAUGACAAAGAUAAUUUGGUGAGGUUCUGUGAAUUGGUGAGAAUUUUUUUUAAGGAAAAUCGCUGAAAAAGGAGGAAAAAUUAAUGUGUUUAUGUGAUUUUUAGUGGUGAGAUAGAAAAAAGGCGGAUUAUCUUUGAAUAUAUUUUGUUUUUGUUUGUUAUUUGUUUGUGCUUGUGCAGUAGUAGCUUACUUACUCAGGUAUUCAGCUCAGUUUGUGUAUUUGCUGUAAUUAGUAUUUGAUUUUGGGUAAGAUGAACGGAGGAUUUUGUAUCAAUUGGUUGUUAUCAGAGAGAUUUUGAAGCGGCAGUGCUCUGCUUGCUGUUGUCCGUUUAAUGGACAAUUAUUCUUCCGGUGAAGAACUAAUUGUUAAGAAGGACUUGUGUUGUGGAUCAAACAGAAAUUGAUUAGUACAAAAGAAAUUGGCUAAAAUAACUUGUAUUUUGGAUUAGAAGGGGUAUAGGAUUUGGAUUGAGAGAAAAAAAUACUUGUGUUGUGCUAAACAAAUUUUGUUGGGAUGUUGAAGACUAGAAAACCUUACACGAUCACGAAGCAACGAGAGCGAUGGACAGAGGAGGAGCAUAAUAGGUUUCUCGAAGCCUUGAAAUUAUAUGGACGAGCUUGGCAACGAAUUGAAGAACAUAUUGGAACAAAGACCGCUGUCCAGAUAAGAAGCCAUGCACAGAAAUUCUUUUCAAAGUUGGAAAAGGAGGCGCAAGUUAAAGGUGUCCCUAUAGGGCAAGCAAUUGACAUAGAAAUUCCUCCUCCACGCCCUAAAAGGAAACCAAGCAAUCCUUAUCCUCGGAAGACUGAUGCUAUAAGUUCCCCAAAUACGCAGGUCCGAGCAAAAGAUCCUGCUCCUACUGUAGACCAUGUUAUGGAUUUAGCAAAAGAGCAACUUCUUGAGAAACCUGUUGGUGAUGUCGAGGAACCAAACCCUGAAGAAACGGAUGGAAGCGAUAAGUGUACUGAAGCCUUGUCACUUUUUCAAGAAGCACCAUCUGCCCUGCGAGCAGCUUUCAGCAAAAAACCUGCUACUGCAGUUGGAUCAGCUAGAAAUUUAUCCGACUUUAAGGAGUUUGUGCCGACGAAGAAACCACUCGUCAACAAUGAAACUAGUGAAUUUAAUGCUGCUGAUGGACAUAACAGGGAUCAUAAGACCGACAAACCUGAUGGUGUGGUGAUGGUUCAGAAUAAUUCAGAAAAUGAAACAAUUGCAGCUAAAACAUUUCCCAGGCAUGCUCCUAUUCAGAUUCUUGAAGGAAGUCUGGCAUCAUGCAGUCAGGGUCUUUCUUCAGAUGUAUCAUAUCAAGAACCUGUAUUUCAUCAAAUGGGGAUCCCCAGCCAACCUGCAUUAAUCAGUAAUCCAACAGCUUCUGCUACAGUAGAAAGCCAAACUAGCACGUCAAGAUCCUCUAAUCACCAAAUGUUUCCAUGUUUCCAUCCUCCAUUUAAUCCACUCCCUAACAAUCAAGAAGAGUACUCUUCAUUUCAGCAGAUGUCCUCAACUUUUUCAAGUAUGAUUGUUUCUGCUCUCCUCCAGAAUCCCGCUGCUCAUGCUGCAGCAAGUUUUGCAGCUUCAUUUUGGCCACCCUGUGCAAAUAUAGAAAAUCCAGUCAAUUCGGCUCCAGGCAACAGUGGAGGUUUUCCACCUAGACCAAUGAAUAAUCCAGUUCCUAGCGUGACAGCCAUUGCUGCAGCCACCGUAGCAGCUGCUACUGCUUGGUGGGCAGCACAUGGGAUGUUUCCAUUAUGUGCUCCGCUACAUACCGGCUUCUCUUUUCCACCUGCUUCAACGACUGCUCCCUUAGCUAAUUUUGGCCAAACUCCAACUGCUAACGAAGAAAGGGAAGAGAACAGUUUUCAACAUCCUGGAUCACCAGUUCAGGAGCCUAAACAGGAACUCUCUGAAGCUUUGCAGCUGCAGCAGCAAUCAGCAUCCAAAUCUCCUGCUACUUCUUCAUCUGGUUCUGGCAACACUUCUAAUGCAAAAGUGGAUUCAGAAGUGGUAGCCAACAAUGAUGAAAACGUCCCUGCUGCAAGCGAUGAAAAGGACACAAGCAAGGGGAAGAGCAAAAAGCAGGUGGAUCGUUCAUCUUGUGGUUCCAACACGCCUUCGGGUAGUGAUAUUGAGACUGAUGCUUUGGUAAAGAAUGAUGACGGAAAAGAAGAAGACAAGGAACCUGAUGUAAGUCGUGCUGCCAGUGAAUCUGGUAACCGCCGCAAUCGAAUUCUUGGCAACUUGAAUGAUUCAUGGAAGGAAGUCUCUGAGGGGGGGCGCCUGGCAUUUCAAGCACUUUUCUCAAGAGAUAGAUUGCCUCAGAGCUUUUCACCACCACAAUUUUUGAAUGGUAUGAGGCAAGAAUUAAAAGGCUUCACCGUAGAGGAUAAUAGGCAAAAUGCAGCGGAGAGCAAUGACACGACACAGUUGGACCUCAACAGCAACACUUGGGAAUCUUGCUCCAACGAACAAGUUGUAGAGAGAAACAACAAAUCAAAAGAGGAAAACCACAAAGGACUGCUGACCUUUAGUCAUGACCAAGGGAAGCCAAAGACCAACAGAACAGGUUUUAAGCCUUACAAGAGGUGUCCUGUGGAGGCGAGAGAGAGCCGCGUAUUAAACUCUAGUUCUCCGGAACAAGAAAAAUGUUCAAAGAGAUUGCGGCUUGAAGGGGAGGCGGCUUCUAUUUGAUGUCAAAUGAUGCAAGCAUUUUCUGUUAAGGGAAAGCUUGGUCACAACCAUCACUCCCCAGUUAUCAGUUUCUUUAUUUCAUUUAGCUUAAUUUCAGUCCUAAAAAGUUCACGAGACUUUUCGUGUUUGUACUAUAAAAGACUGCAUUGUUCCUUUUCGUUUCUCAGACUUCAGACACUUGCAUUUUUCAUGAAUAGUCGUAAAAAUCAUCAUGCUCAAACACUUAAAUCUUAAAUUAAAAAAUAAGUAUGUUCAAA